CGACGUAGGCACCCCAGUAUUUAUUGUGACUUCCGAUGCUCGUAAAUCCGAAAUCGAGGAUGGACGCACGGCGCUGAUUGGAAAUGAAUCAAGCCAGUAUGGCCAGUUCGAAAGAUCAAGUCAGGUUACACAAAAUCUUCCGAUUUCUAGUUUCACUCUCCUGCUUGGGUAUAUUGGUUAUUCUGAUACAGCAGUUCCAGUCCCAUGAUGUCAUCCAUAUUGUGUUUAGCGAAAAAUAUGGCAAUACACUUGACUUUGUCAGUGUGAGGUCGAAUGAAUUCCGCGUUCAGCCAUUUUGGUCGCAACCGAAUAGGUCUGUGUUCGCACCUGAUUUGGCCAAGAUGAGUUGGCCAAAAGACCCAGUUGCACCUUACCCUGCGGGAAGGCGAAACAGCAAUGGCGAAGUGGCCCAACUUCCUCCAUUAUUUGAACCAGUGAUGAGCAUUGCUCAGCGGAAAUUGUCCAAGCGAUUGCUCCAGAUAUUCUCCGAAACAAUGUUUGCCAAUGGUCUGGGAGAUCGAUUCAUGUUGUACGGUGGAACAUUGUUAGGUUCUUAUCGACAUCACGAUUUCAUUCCAUGGGAUGAGGACAUUGAUGUGCUUGUGGAUGUAUUGAUUAGGGACAAAGUUCGGGAACUGCUGUCCGGACUUGCACCACAAUACAACUUUUAUCAAGGUUAUUCAAGAGAUAAACUCUAUGGACCACUUAUUGAUGGUGCCGAAAACGAACUGGAUGUGGAAAAAAGUCGACCCGCGGCUAACUGGGGUUGGCCUUUCUUAGACAUUAGCUAUUUCAGAGUAAACGGAACGCACGUGAUGGAAAUUACCAUGUCUUACGGACGAUAUUAUGUCUGGCCUUAUGACGUUGUCUUCCCUUUACACUUUCGACCACUUGGCAAAUACUGGUAUCCUGCACCCCGAGAUACGUGGCUCUUUAACCGUUUGACCUAUGAUCCUGGUGCAAUGUGUGUGAUUCCCGGUUAUUCACACGUAAAAGAGAGCAGGGGGCCAUCUGGUAGCAUGCCAUGUCGGGAUCUGGCUUCCAAGUAUGCAUUUGUUGAACACGUCGCUUGCAAAAACGGAACCAGUGAACAGAAGUCAGACGAGUUUGGAAUGGUUUUGGCCAAAGAGCGACUGGUUCAGUAUUCGAACUCCAGUAUUGCUCACAUUUAUCAUUCCCUGUGCCUUGCUGUCCCAAAGGAUCGUGUUCGUACAGACACAUUCUCAAUGUGA